AGGAAGGAAGGAGCGCAAGCUUGCGCGCGCUUGUUCUCGCGAUAUCUGGAGGAGCAGGUAUAGAGAGAAGAGAGAGCGAGAAAGACGGAGAAGAGCCCCCCGCGCGUUACUACAGGAAGCUUCGGCGAAUUUUGUCCGUGUUCUCGCGAGAGUUGGCGGCUUACCUUCUCCCCUCCUCACUUUCCUCUCCCGCCCCUCCCCCCAACCUGGAAGCGGCGCCGUUUCGUGGAGGGAAGUAAGAGGAGGCGAGGAGGAGAAGGAGGAGGAUGGGGGUCCCGGCGUGGGGGCCUUGCUAGGGACUCGGCCGGAGGGAGAGGCGGAGGGGGCUCCUCAGCAGGGGACUCGUGGCCCCCUCCAGGGCCCCCGGCGCCUCCGCGGCCAGCCAGGCCUCGGCACCACUCUCUCCUUUCCCUCAGAAACUUGGAAGCAGCAGCCUUGAAGGAGAAAGUACAGCCAGCUGUGGCCUUCCCUCUCGUGAGGACUCAGGGCCUCGAGUUGGUAGCCGAGGGGGCGUUUCAGACCCUAGAGAAGCCAUUAUUCCAAUUCUUGGGGAGACCUACAGCUUAGAGGGGUCUGAAGUUGGAAGAGAAGGGGCCACUUUCAGGAACUUUCCCUCCUUUUAGACGGUUUGGAGGGAUCCAUCUCCAGGAGUAGUUGGGACCCAUACAUUGACCUUAGCAUUUUGAGAUUGGAAUCUCCAGCUAAGGAAAGUUAGCUUCCUGUCAUUGCCCACCCUUGAUAUCUAGGAGCAGGGCCAUUGGAAUAUAAGUUGCCCCGCCCCUUUAAGGGUUAAGUUGAAGGUCUGUGUCUUAGGCAGUGGUUUGGGCUAGAUCCCCUUCUAGCUCCAAACUCUGGUAAGACAACCGCAUGCCGAAAAGAGCAAAGUGGCUGGAUGUAGGAGAGAAGUGACGCAAGGGAAGGGGGUGGCCUUGACAAUUAGGGUUGGGGGUUUUGGAGGAGUCCCCCCUCUUUUAGAGCCCAGUGGAGAAGGAAUGCCAAACCCAGAGAGACAUGGGGUCAAGAAGGAAUCAGGAGGAGGAGCGCUCUUGCAUCAAGAAGCCGUAUCCAGCAGCGGGAGCUCAAACAACAAAGAGAGGCACAGGCUCUCUAAGCACAAGAGACACCGGUCCAGGCAUUCCAAAGAUUCACCGUUGGGGGCCCAAGACGUUGGAACAGCUCUGGGAGGCAUGAUCAAGCCUUUGGUGGAGUACGAUGACAUCAGUUCGGACUCAGACACCUUUUCUGACGAAGCUGUCCUCAAGCCGGAACGCAGGGAAAACGACGAAAGAAAAGGGACGUCGGAGAAAAGCGACCGGCUACACAGGCACCGUCACCAUCAGCACAGGCGCGUGCGGGAAUUGAUGAAAAGCAAGCUGGUGGACAAGGAGAAGCGGAACCAAGAGUCCUCGGGGAAGUUGAGUUCUGCAAAGGACAGGGUGUCGGGAGCUUCCAAAAGGCUGCACGAGGAGAAUGACGAACAUCCCUCUAAGACUUUCAAGAGCAGCAGCAAGGAGUCCCGAUCAGCCAAACUGCAUAAAGAAAGGGCCAGGAAAGAGCGUGAGGCAAAAUCUGGCCACAAGGACCGCAGCAAAAGUCACCGUAAAAGAGAUGCCCCCAAAAGCUAUAAAUCCCUGGACAGUCCAAAGCGGAAAUCCAGGAGUCCCCACCGCAAGUGGUCAGACAGUCCCAAACAAGAUGACAGCCCCUCGGGAGCAUCGUACACACAGGACUACGAUAUCAGCCCUCCACGCUCACACACAUCCAGUAAUUAUGAUUCCUACAAAAAAAGUCCAGGUGGGUCCUCAAGAAGACCGUCAGUCAGCCCACCGUACAAAGAACCUGCUGCGUACCAGUCCAACAUGCGUUCUCCCAGUCCUUAUAGCAGGAGGCAGCGGUCGGUCAGCCCAUACAACAGGAGACGUUCAUCCAGCUACGAGAGAGGAAGUGGAUCUUACAGCGGAAGGUCCCCCAGCCCAUUCAACCGAAGGCGAUCCAGCAGUCCUUUUGUUUCCAAGCGGUCAAUGAGUCGGAGUCCUGUAUCCAGGAAGCCUGCAAAAUCCCGAAGUAGAAGUCCUGCUUAUUCGAGGCACUCGUCAUCUCAUAACAAAAAACAAAGAUCUGGGUCCCGCAGUCGCCAUUCCAGUAUCUCACCUGCUCGACUGCCUUUGAAUUCCAGCCUCGGAGCUGAGUUGAGCAGAAAGAAAAAGGAGAGAGCAGCAGCAGCAGCAGCAGCAGCAGCAAAAGUUGAUGGGAAGGAGAGUAAGGACUCGCCUAGUACGCUGUCUAAGAAAGAAAACAGUUUUUCUGAAAUUAAAGAGCCAGUAGUGGAGGCAAAGAAGGUAAAAACCAUUAAGCCUGAGAAGUGCCCUUCUGAUGCUGAGAUGGCAAAUGUCCUACAGCACAAUACAGAGACAAAAAUAAUGCCCGAGCCUGUAAAAAUAAAAGUUGUAGAGAACUCGGAGAAGAAACUGUUGGCUGCAGUUAAAGACUCAAAAUCAACGGGAACAAAAGAUAUGAAACUUAUAGCAAAGGAGGAGAUUGCGACUCCAAAGGAAACAGAGGCAGCUGAGCAAGAGCCCCCACCUCCUUUGCCUUCUGUUAAGCCACUACCUCCUUUGCCAAAAUCAUCACCCCCAACUCAGGCUGCUCCUCCUCCAUUGCCCCCUUUACCUCCUUCAACAGUUCCUCCCCCUCCAUUGCCUGUCCAAUCAACCACAGUUCACACCCCUGCUUCAGUUCCAUUGUCCCUGCCUUCGUCUACCCACUCCAGGACAUCUCUGACUACUCAGGCUAACUCUCAACCCGCUGUGCAAUCCUUCUCAAAGGCCCAUGUCUCUGUGACAACUGCUGUUGCGCUUCUGAAAACAUCAACAUUGCCUCCACUCCCUUUUCCGCCUGUCCUUCCUGGAGAAGAUGACUUGGAUAGUCCAAAAGAAGUUGUUCAUCUAAAACCAGUGAAAAAAGAGAAAGAACAGAGACCACGUCACUUGCUCACAGACCUUCCACUGCCCCCAGAACUUCCUGGUGGAGAUCCUUCACCCCCAGAGUCUCCAGAACCAAAGGCAGCCACACCACCUCAGCAACCAUUGAGAAAGAGACCAAAAAUCUGUUGUCCUCGUUAUGGUGAGAGGAGACAGACAGAAAGCGACUGGGGCAAGCGUUGUGUGGACAAAUUUGACAUCAUUGGUAUUAUCGGAGAGGGGACAUAUGGACAAGUGUACAAAGCCAAGGACAAAGACACAGGUGAAUUGGUGGCUUUGAAAAAAGUACGUCUGGACAAUGAAAAGGAAGGCUUUCCCAUCACAGCAAUCCGUGAAAUCAAGAUCCUCCGGCAAUUAAUACAUCGGAGUGUUGUUAACAUGAAGGAAAUAGUCACAGACAAGCAAGAUGCACUUGAUUUCAAGAAGGACAAAGGUGCCUUUUACCUUGUAUUUGAGUAUAUGGACCAUGACCUCAUGGGAUUGCUUGAAUCUGGCUUGGUGCACUUCUCAGAGGACCACAUUAAGUCUUUCAUGAAGCAGUUGAUGGAGGGGCUGGACUACUGUCAUAAAAAGAACUUUCUCCAUAGAGACAUAAAGUGCUCCAAUAUAUUAUUGAACAACAGUGGACAAAUCAAGCUCGCAGAUUUUGGACUAGCUCGGCUCUACAGUUCAGAAGAAAGCCGUCCAUACACCAAUAAAGUAAUUACAUUAUGGUAUCGACCACCUGAAUUGCUGCUAGGCGAAGAGCGUUACACGCCAGCCAUAGAUGUCUGGAGCUGUGGCUGUAUCCUUGGGGAACUAUUUACAAAGAAGCCUAUUUUUCAAGCAAAUCUUGAGCUGUCACAGCUUGAAUUAAUCAGUCGUCUUUGUGGGAGUCCUUGUCCAGCUGUGUGGCCAGAUGUCAUCAAACUACCAUACUUCAACACCAUGAAACCGAAGAAGCAAUACCGAAGGCGGCUAAGGGAGGAGUUUGCUUUCAUUCCUGCUGCUGCACUUGACCUGCUUGACCACAUGCUGACACUGGAUCCCAGUAAAAGAUGCACAGCAGAGCAAGCUUUGCAGAGUGACUUCCUGAAAGAUGUGGAUGUCAGCAAGAUGGAUCCUCCAGACCUUCCUCACUGGCAAGAUUGCCAUGAACUGUGGAGCAAGAAACGUCGGCGGCAGCGGCAGAGUGGGAUUGUGGUGGAGGAACCCCCCUUGGUCAAAGUUUCCAAGAAGGAGUCGGUUUCCAUAACAAGUGCAGAACCUAUCAAGAAUCACAGCAGUCCAGCACAACCACAGCCAGCUCAGAUCAAAACACAACCUUGUGCUGGAGACACAUUUGUUGGACUUGGUGACAUCACUCAGCAGCUGAAUCAGAGCGAGUUGGCCGUCUUGUUGAACUUGUUGCAGAGUCAAACAGACCUCAGUAUCCCACAGAUGGCCCAGCUGCUCAACAUCCACUCAAACCCUGAGAUGCAGCAACAGUUGGAGGCUCUCAAUCAGUCCAUCAAUGCACUCAACGAGGCUACCACCACACAGCCAUCACAGGAGUCCCAGAAAGCGGCUGAAGAAGAAGCUGCUCUUGAGGAGCCCCCGCCAGCCCAGCUGUCAGAGGAGCAAGCCACUCCAGACGCAGCAAACACUCAGGGAGACAUGCAGAAUGUCCUGACGGUUUUGCUGAGCCAGCUCCUUAAGACCCAGGAGCCUGCAACAAAUAUGGAGGAGAAUAAUAGUGAGAAGAGCAGUGAACUGCAGGGGUGCCAGCCAAGCCCCACUUUGCCUCAGGAUGAACCAGAAGCCUGUCCUCACAUUCUCCCACCAGAGAAGAGACCCCCUGAGCCUCCCGGACCGCCACCGCAGCCACCGCCUGAUCUGGCUGAAGAAAACAUCUCCAACGCUGCUGAGGAGUUGAACCCAGUCGUGACAGCUGCGCUCCUCCAACUUUUAUCCCAGCAAGAGGCAGGGCCCCCGAGUCACCCAAAGCACGAACCCCAAGUUGAGAGGCCUCCCUUGGAUUACACCACGUCACAAACCUCCUCCAGGACUUACGGCGCCGAUGGCCCCGAGGGCUGCAGCUUUGAUGUGGAUGAUCGGAAUUCCAGCCAAACCAUAACACAGACGUCACCCCAGACCUUGGGGAAAAGUAGGACCUUUCUGGGCUCCGCAAGUCAUCUCGGGGAGUCAAGCAGCUACCAGGGCUCAGGAUCAGUUCAGUUCCCAGGGGACCAGGACCUCCGUUUCACACGGGUCCCUUUAGGGAUGCAUUCUGCUCUCGGGCAGUCCUUCCUCAAAACCGAAGGGAGCAACAACACACUGGCACACUCAGAGGCCAAAAUUCACAACUACAGUGAGGUGGGAGUGGCAAAUGCUAGUUCUAGUGAUGCAGGAACGAGCCACACGUGGGGGGACCCAGUUCAGUCCACGACUUAUGGAAAAAACUUUCGCGGGCAGAGUAGAGUGCCUCCGCGAGGAGGAAGAGGAAGAGGGAUCCCUUACUAAAAUGACUGGAAAGGGGGGAAUUGGAACAUUUUUGCUGAUAUUUUAUCCUCCUAUUCCCCUCUUGACUUUAGAGCAGCCAGUUUAUCAGAGCAAACCAUUGUCCAUUUCUGGUCACCACACAAGCGGUUCAUUGUUGAUAUUUUUUCUCCCUUUCUGCUCACCAGACUGCUGCUAUCUCCCCCCUUUCCCAAUGGUUUUAGAAUGAAGACCCUUAGCCUUUCUCUUGACACCUUUCCAUGCCCAAAGUUCACUGAUUUGGGUUUCACAUGGCAAGUUUUCCUACUCGUAGAUGCAGAGGAGUGGGAGAAGGGAAAAAGAAAUAAAACUUUAAACAUAUAAUAAAUUGGAAAUAUGAAUGGAA